AGAUGAGCAAUGAACAAUCCACAUCCCGUGCUCGCCCGAACUAUGCGCCCUUAACCCAAGCCGAGCGCAACAAUGAAGAUUCCGAAUGGGUGACACCUCACAUGGUUGCUAACGAUCAAGAUGUGCUCAACCAAAUCAAAAUCAUAAUUGGUGGACACUUUCUUGGCAACUGGGCGACGUACACGGAUGUUGAUCCUAAGGUCCGUGAACUUUGGUGGAACUUGUUCAAGGCCCGGUUUCGCUGGACUGAAGAACAAGGCCCCGCUAUUCUAAGGGCGUACAAUGCCAGAGUUUCAAACUGGCUUCGCCCCACUUUUAGGCGUGCCCGAGCCAGUGGGGUAAGGCCUCAAUGGUGUUC